AUGGGACCAAUGAGGAAAUCCAAUCACGACCUCAAUGCAGCCUACUUCCUCCAACUACCAGCAGAGCUCCGCCUGAAGAUCUACGAAUACGCCCUCACCGUACCCAACGAAUACAUCAACAAACCCCUAAUCGUCAUAAGCGACCGCGGCAACGUCUUCACAAUCCGCAAUCGCUACAGAGCCCUCUCAAUGUGUCCAAGCUGGGUCGGCGAAGAUGGCACAGCGCGCAAACUCCUCGCAGUAAACCACCAAAUCCACGACGAAGCCGAGGACUAUCUCUACUCGCAGAACAUGCUAUUCUUCCGGAACUCGUUCGAUCUAGAUCGGCUAGGUGGUUUUCUCGAUACGCUUAGUCCCACGGCAUGUCGACGUAUUCGCAGUGUCGGAUUUGAGGUAUACUUCUUCGUGCAUACGCAGAUGGGUGUGCCGAAACGGACGCUUAAGCAGUAUGAGCGUGCUGCGAAAUUGCUUUCUGUGAAAUUACCCGAAUGGAGCAAUGUCCUAUUCUAUCUUGAUCCGCGCUUCUAUUAUCCUGCUGCCACGGUGGGAGGACGGGAGCGUGCAGCGCGAGGCGUGUUGGAUCUUGCGGCAAAGUUUGGCCCACUGUGUAGGGAUAUUACCUUCUAUCCACUUCCAGCUAGUGAUUCUCGUUUCCUCUGGGAGGCACAGCAGCUUAUUUGGCGGGGUAGUUCGCCGGGGUGGUGCGCUUCGGUGGAGGAUGGGCGCCUUGUGAAAUUCUUUGCGCUUGAGAUGCCGAAGAGUGAGGGGACUCCUUUGAUCAGCGGGAUUUAA